AUGAACUACAAUUAUUAUAAUCAUUCAUUUGAUGUAUCAGCUGAGUUGGGCAAUUUACUACAAUCCAGCGAAGACUUUGAUGUAAAAAUUACUGUUGGUAAAGACUUGGAUGUUAAAGAAUUUGGGGCACAUUCAAUCAUUUUGCGUGCUCGAUCUAUUUAUUUUCAAAAGGCACUGUCUAGGCAUUGGGCACGUGAGGAACAUGGCUCUUAUAUAUUAAAGAAACCUAAUAUAUCUCCUGAUACUUUUGAUGCUAUACUCAA